AUGGAGCCGGGGAUAGGAAGACGUUCUAGAGUAAAGCCACACCCUCCAGUUGUAGGCCAUGUGAGCCAUCAUAAUAUUGAACUGAGUUGGGACUUGGAAGAACAGCGAAAAGGUCCUCAAGAGCAAUGGCUAAAAUUUUCAGUUGAAGGAGAAGAUCCUAAGCUGCAUAAAUAUGGUCUGAUUUACACGGGAUAUGCCCGACAGCAUGUUGUGGAAGGUCUUGAACCUAGAACAACGUACAGAUUUCGACUUAAAGUCACAGAUCCUGAAGGCGAAUCUCUUUAUAGUUCACCUAUUUGUGUAACUACAACAAGUGAGCCAAUGAGCGGGGAACAGCUCCACCGUGCUGUAAGCAGGAAUGAUUUAGAUGAUGUUAUUAUUAUUCUUCAAGGAAGGCAAAUUAUAGUAAAUACACUCAAUAAACUAGGACUUUCAGCAUUGAUGGUUGCUUCACAAAAAGGAUAUACAAGGCUUGUACAGGUUUUGGUAGAAAAUGGAGCAGAUGUGAACCUGAAAAAUGCCAGUGGAAAAGACAGUUUAAUGACAGCUUGUUUUGCUGGUCACUUGGAUAUUGUCCAAUAUCUCAGAUCCCAAGGGGCUUCCUGGCUAAGCAGGGAUUUUGGGGGAUGUACAGCUAUGCAUUGGGCUACGGAUGGAGGGCACUGUGAUGUUAUUGAAUGGAUGAUCCAGGAUGGCUGUAAGGUUGACUCUAGAGACUCUGGCUUGGAAUGGACUCCUCUAUUGAGAUUAUGUGCAUUAUCAGGAAAAACAGAUGUAGCCACAAUUUUAAUAAACGCUGGAGCUAAUGUGAAUGUAAAAGAUAAGGAUGGCAAGACACCUUUGAUGGUGGCAGCUUUAAAUAAUCAUGAAGAUUUGGUUGCCUUAUUAUUAGAGAAUGGAGCAGAUCCUGAUAUUAAAAAUGAGUUUGGUAAGGGUGCUCUGGACAUGGCCAGAGGCUUGAACAGACAGAGUGUGGCUUCAAUAAUAGAAGAAAAGAAAAAGCAAUUAAGCAAUAUAGCUGUUGAUCUUGCAUCUACCCCUUCACAGUUAUUUGAAGAAAGUGCAUCUUAAUCUUUUUUUUUCCGGGAAGCUGAGACUAUGAAGAUUGAUUUCUGCUUGUUUUCUUUUUUUUCCUGUAAGUUUUUUUUUAUAAUUCUUGGACACUUUGAUUAAAAUGUUUCCUUCUUGAGGAUUUUCUCUGACAUUUUACAUGUAUCUGAAUUUUAAAACCGUCUGUCUUUAAUGAUGUUUUUAUAGUAAUACUAUGUUCUUCUAUCCUUUGGAGAUUGAUUUUAAAUCCCAAAUGCUAGUUAGAAUUAGCACAACUCAAUAUGGAGUUUGUCACAUGAUAUGUACUGCUGAAUUUUUCACUAGCUGGAUAGGAACUAUGGAAUCUGGGCACUUUAACUCUUCUCUCAACCAUAAUCCUGAUUAAUGUCAAUGAGAACAUUUACUGCGUGGAAAUAAUAGGUGCCAUUAAAGGAAUAUGUCUAGGACACAGCAAAAACUUUUUUUUUAAUCACCCUGCUCCUGCUCCUCUCAUAUGCUUAUUCCCCCCUGCCCCUCUGUUUUUUCAAUAAUCAGGCAGCAAACUGUAACAACCAGUUUAUUGAAGCAACCAAUGCCAGGGAGUUGCAGUGCAGGGUUUUAGUGUAACAGGUUUUCUGCAAUGGAACACACUGAGAAUAACAAUUGACAAAGUAGGAAAUAGCUCAUGGUCAGGAUCUUGAAUAUAAUCCUACAGACUGCUCAUAUCAUUCUGAGUACUUAAGGAUAGUGCAGCUUUACAUCAGCCAGGAGUUUUGUAGUUGAACUUGGCCUUAUAUAGAGAGGCAGUUGAAGCAGAAAUCACAGUCCCCAUAAUAAGCAUGCCAUCCUAACAGACACUUAAGACUGAGAGAAUACUACUGACUAUAGUGGGAUUUAUUUCUGAGUAAACAUUCAUUGGAGUGCUCUGUUAGGGCAUUAGACUGUUUAGAACUAUACAUGAAUAUAUUCCAUUGAACUUAAAUGAAAUUCUGGUUAGAUGUUUGGAAUUGUAUUGUAAAAUACUAUUUGCAAUUGUAUUGUAAAUCGUUAAUGAAAUCAAUGUUUUUAAUUGAAAAAAUGAAUUUGUUCUUACAUGGCCAAACGGAAUUUGUAUCCAUAUGUAGAGUGUUCUCCAAAGACUAUGUUCCUGUUUAAAGGUGAGAAUGAAUGUGACCAGCUACAUUUCUAUUAUUUCUGCUAAAGCCUGACAUCCACAAGCCAUCUGAAAUCUACUCAGAUUUCCAUUUGGAUUCAAUAAUUAUUUUGAUCUAAUGAACUAGGAUGGAUUCAUAACCAUUUUUCUUCCUGUAUUCUAAAGUCACUGGAAGAAAUGCUACCAUUAUUUUCCUAGACUUUUGAGUCUAAAACCUAUUCAUAAAAUUUGUCUGGGCAUGUUUUCUACCUAUAUUUUGUUUUACAUUGUGCAACGCACAAUGCAAUUUAAUGUAUAGUCUUAUGGGCUUAGAGAGAUUCCUCCAUGACAGAUAUGUCAAACUCGCGACAUCACAUGAUGUU